GAUAAUAUUGGCGUUAGGGAGACAGGGCAAAGGUUGCGCCCCCUCAGCUCAGUCCUCAAUCUCUGCUUAUUUUUUUCCUAACAAGGGACCAUCCCCCUGCCACUCCCUAGCUUUCCUUCUCUGGCAGCAAAUGAAGCAGCGGCUGAGCCAGCUCUGGUUUUCGGGAAGUCAGAUGACCUUUUCCCUCUCGUGGCUCUCUGCCUCUCCGUGUCCCUGGGGUGAACACUAUGGACCCACUGAUGGUCCUCCUUUGCCUGCUGCCCCUGUACCAAGGCCCGGUAGCUGCCGUUCUCUCGUGUCCUCAGAACGUGAAUAUCUCCGGUGGCACUUUCACCCUCAGCCAUGGCUGGGCCGCUGGGAGCCUCCUCACCUACUCGUGCCCCCAGGGCUACUACCCAUCCCCGGCGUCGCGGCUGUGCAAGAGCAGCGGACAGUGGCAGACCCCGAGAGCUACCCGGCUGACUAAGGCGGUCUGCAAACCUGUUCGCUGUCCAGCCCCCGUUUCCUUUGAGAACGGUGUGUACACCCCACGGCUGGGGGCCCACCCCGUGGGCAGCAACCUGAGCUUCGAGUGUGAGGAUGGCUUCGUGCUGCGGGGCUCGCCUGUGCGGCAGUGCCGCCUCAACGGCAUGUGGGACGGAGAGACCGCCGUGUGUGACAGUGGGGCUGGCCACUGCCCCAACCCAGGCAUUUCAGUGGGCGCGGUGCGGACGGGCUCCCGCUUUGGCCUUGGGGACAAGGUCAGCUACCGCUGCUCCUCGAAUCUGGUGCUCACAGGGUCUGCAGAGCGGGAGUGCCAGGAAAAUGGGGUCUGGAGUGGGACAGAGCCCAUCUGCCGCCAACCCUACUCUUACGACUUCCCCGAGGAUGUGGCCCCCGCCCUGGGCACCUCCUUGUCUCACUUGCUUGGGGCCACCAAUCCCACCCAGCAGAAGAAGGAAAACCUGGGCCGUAGAAUUCAAAUCCAGCGCUCCGGUCACCUGAACCUCUACCUGCUCUUGGAUGCGUCUCAGAGUGUGUCACAAGACGACUUUCACAUCUUUAAGGAGAGUGCCUCCCUCAUGGUGGACAGGAUCUUCAGCUUUGAGAUCAAUGUCAGUGUCGCCAUCAUCACCUUUGCCUCCAAGCCCAAAGUCCUCGUGUCUGUCCUGCACGACAGCUCCCGGGAUGUGACGGAAGUGAUCAACAGUCUGGAAAAUGCCAACUAUAAAGAUCAUGAAAAUGGAACCGGGACCAACAUCUACGAGGCCCUAAAUAGUGUCUACAUCAUGAUGAACAAUCAAAUGCACCGCCUUGGCAUGGAAACAGUGGCCUGGCAGGAAAUCCGACACGCCAUCAUCCUUCUGACCGACGGAAAGUCCAAUAUGGGCGGCUCUCCCAAGAUAGCUGCGGACAGUAUCAGAGAGAUCCUGAACAUCAACCAGAAGAGGAACGACUAUCUGGACAUCUAUGCCAUUGGGGUGGGCAAGCUGGACGUGGACUGGAGAGAACUGAACGACCUGGGGUCCAAGAAGGAUGGCGAGAGGCAUGCCUUCAUUCUGCAGGACACCAGGGCUCUGCACCAGGUCUUUGAGCACAUGCUGGAUGUCUCCAAGCUCACAGAUACCAUCUGUGGGGUGGGGAACAUGUCAGCCAACGCCUCUGACCAGGAGAGGACACCCUGGCACGUCACCAUUAAGCCCAAGAGCCAGGAGACCUGCCGGGGGGCCCUCAUCUCGGACCAGUGGGUCCUGACAGCGGCUCACUGUUUCCGCAGCAGCGAGGACCGCUCCCUCUGGAGGGUCAAUGUGGGGGAUCCCAACUCCCAGUGGGGCAAAGAUUUCCUUAUUGAGAAGGCCGUGAUCUCCCCGGGGUUCGAUGUCUUUGCCAAGAAGAGCCAGGGGAUCCUGGAGUUCUACGGCGAUGACAUCGCCCUGCUGAAGCUGGCCCAGAAAGUGAAGAUGUCCACCCACGCCAGGCCCGUCUGCCUUCCCUGCACAGUGGAGGCCAAUCUGGCUUUGCGGAGACCCCAAGGCAGCACCUGUCGGGACCACGAGCGUGAACUGCUGAACAAACUGAGCGUUCCUGCUCAUUUUGUCGCCUUGAACGGGAGCAAACUGAACAUUAACCUCAAGACCGGGACGGAGUGGACAAGCUGUAUCCAGGUGGUCGCCCAAAACAAAGCCAUGUUCCCCAACUUGACAGAUGUCAGAGAGGUGGUGACAGACCAGUUCCUUUGCAGUGGGACCAAGGAGGAUGACAAUCCCUGCAAGGGAGAAUCUGGGGGAGCAGUUUUCCUUGAGCGGAGAUUCAGGUUUUUUCAGGUGGGCCUGGUGAGCUGGGGUCUUUACAACCCUUGUGUUGGUGCCACUGACAAAAACUCCCGCAAAAGGGCUCCCCGUGGCAAGGUUCCACCGCCGCGAGACUUCCACAUCAAUCUCUUCCGCGUGCAGCCCUGGCUGAGGCAGCACCUGGAGGGUGUCCUGAACUUUUUGCCCCUCUAAUCAUGGCCCCUGACGCCUCUGCUGUCCUGCCAGGAUCUGCCAUUGCUCCCACCUCCUGCCUCUGGACACCCACCCUCGCUCCUAGCCUGGUAGAUCCCGUCUCCGGAUCCCAGCGGCAGUGCAUGCAAGCUGGGCAAGCCCCAGGCUCCUGCCAGCACCGCUGCCCCGCAGCCCCCUCUCCUUGGCCUGUGCCCAGAUUUCUCCCUGGUCUACUUGACUCAUCUCCUUUCACUUUCACAUGGAAUUUCCCAUUUAUGAAAUUAAUAAAAAUCAAUGAUUUCCA